CAAACACAAACCACAUGUCACAAUGGUGUCAUCUUUUCUUGAUAGUCUAGCAGAGGUUUUCAUAACUCCACAGGAGCAAACAAGUGCAAGCCUAGGAGCUCAGUGAGGUAUGUGGUGCCCCUCUGACAACUGGCACACCUGACGCAGAGAUCUCUUACGUCUAUCAUUCUUUUUUAUCAGAACCUAUUUUCUUUUCUUUUCUCUUCUUUUUUGCAUUGUCUGAAAUAUUUUUAGGGUGUUCAUUAAACAAAAAGAUCUUAGCUCACUGUACUGUGGGGGCUUUUCAGAUGAUCUGUGAGCCAAGAGAAGGUGAAACAUGACAGUCAAACAAUCAGAGAUUGAGCCUUAAGAAAAUCUUUCUCUUUCUCUGUUGGGGUGAGGUGAACCUGAAAGUAUUUGGAUGGGUGACAGAAAUAACAUAAUUUCCUGAACUAAUAAAGGUUUCCUUUCUGAAGUUAUUUCUCAUUCAAAACUGAAAAAUAUACACUGAGUAACAUUCCUUAACAGCAAAAUUCACCAUUUGUCACUGGAAGAAGCAGGAAAAAAUUAAACAAAUUGGGUAAAAAUAAUAGAGGAAAGAAGUAAAGACAGCAUGUACAGAAGUGAAACCACACUGCUGGACGAAAGCCACACCACUGACAGACUUUCCCCAUCUUAAAUUACAACUCACAAUCCAACAAUCCAACAAAUUGUGCUUACUUGCAAAGUUAAUUAUUAAGUUAAUAAUUAAUAAUCAAUACCAGGAUACUUAAUAACAACUUAAAUAAAGAAAAGAAAUUUUCUCUUUUUUUGCAAAAAACACCUUUCUGUUCACCCAACAGGAGCUCCACUUAAACUAACAUAUACAUUCAUAUAUUGUGCUUAGACAUACACACACAUACACACACACACCUGAAGGUCAGAUACACAGAGUACAACCAGUGGGUUUGCCAGUUAAAUGAAAGUUCCCAAAGUGAUGUGUUAAAAUGUCAAUGGCAAUGUAAAGAUACUCAGUUUACAUCGAUAUAAAAUCAGAAAAAAGCAGAAAACCAUCAUAUUGCAAAAGCUGGAAUUUACAUUCUCAAAUGGUUAAUCCAUUAUGAAAGUAGUAGCCAAUACAUUUUCUGUAUAUAAAUUAAUUGUUUCAGCUGUAAACCCAAUACAUUAAUUCAACUGAUGUUCAUCAGUGUUUCUGUUUUUGGAGACUUUCUACAUUUCCUACUUUUUACUCCAUUACAUUUAUCUGAUAACUGAUAGAGUUACUUUGCUGAUUCAGACUUUACAACAAGAGAUGAGAUAAACUCAUGAUGAAAGAAGAAAAAGAAAAUAUUCGAAGAGGAAGGAGUCAGAUCGGUGACAUAAAAUUCACUGCUCACAGGUGUAAAUACACUCAAAGGCAGAAAGGUUCAUGUCUGUUGGACAAAUAAUACCUGCACAGCAUUUUAGCGGAGGUUACCUGGAAAAUCAGGGAGGAGACGAUAUUCCCAAUAAAAUGUUAGAUCUGUUAAGUAAACUCUAGAUUCCAUUUAUCCUGGGUGGGUCCAUCAAUCUUAGCCAAACUAUCCACAGACCAUAGCCAGGCAACAAGACUUCUGCUUCAUUUUUUUCUAUGUUUUAUUUUAAUACUCAAGUAGGUAUCAAGAACAGCAAAAACAAAGUUUGUUCUCAGAUCUGACUGGUAACUUUUCAUGGAUAAGUCCUUUUUUUUUCACAGCAGCAGCAGACUUUGAAAAAUAACUUCACAAGAGACUCAUAAGCUUCUCCAUCUCUAGCAGUGGAAAGCUGACAGACACAAUCACAGUAACAACUCACAUGUUUGACUGCAAAUGACCACUACAUUACAUAACACCCAUGCUCAUUUUCUGAGGAAAAAGACCGAAAGAAUGCAUACAGGAAUGUAAAGUGGCAUCUCAAACGUUCAUUCCUGGCAUGAUGAAGUAUCUUUUUGCAAUUGUUUUGACUUGAAACAGCAUCUCUCCUCCUGCCAGCCAUCUGGAGACUAUUAUCGGUUAUAAAACAGCUGCACAGGAGUGGCUCCUUUUCCUGCCACCGCAGACUGAAAAACAAUAGAGAUGUCUGGCAGCGUGUACAGAUCGAACUUGACCUCACGCCACAUUGUUAAACAUAUACCUGGAGGUUACUCUGAUGUAAAAAUGAUAAAGAAACACAAACAAAAAAAACGGAUGCAUGAGCAUGUGUCUUUUUUAUGAUUUGUCUGAGCGUUUAUGCAACUCCUGCAAAAAUGAAGCCACUAGCCUAGACUGAGCGUCGUCUUCCUGCUCAUUUAGGGUUAAAUUCUCAUAGACACUUGACUUCCUCUUGCAAACCUCUCGCUCUAACACUCUGGCAAGCCCUCCUAGUUUUUUUCCUCAAGUAAAUGUUAUAAAUAGUCAUGUGUGUUCUGUUGACUGGCCAUCCUCCUCUCAAAGUGAAUGUCUCUCUGCACUGCCCACCUUUGCUCAGUCACCUUUACACUCCUUCUCUCUUUCUGUUUCUCUCUCAACACACACACACAAACACAGUUCAGUUCAACUUUUUGCCUUUCCUCUUUACACUUCUCGGCACUGCUUCUCUCAGAGGAUUUUUUUUUACAUCUUCUUGUUCUGCUAAAAGACUGGAAGACACUCUAACAAAGUCGGCGGACAUUUAGGAGUCUGUCAGGAUGCGUUGUGUGAGCUGGUUGUUGCUGGGGACCUGUCUCCUGGUCCUGGGUCCUGCAGUGCAGGGCGCCCCGAGCCAGUGCCCCAGCUUGUGCCACUGCCACGGCGACCUUCAGCACGUCAUCUGUGACAAUGUCGGGCUGAAGAAGAUCCCUCGUGUGUCGGAGGCCACCCGUCUGCUGAACCUGCAGAGGAACAACUUGGGCAGCAUACCCACCGGGGCCUUCAGCGAUAGCAAGGGACUCAUCUCUCUACACAUGCAGCACUGCCAACUCCGAGAGAUCGGAUCCCAAGCCUUCAAGGGGCUGAAGAAGCUCAUCUACCUCUACCUGUCCAACAACGAGAUCAGCAGCAUCAAGCCAGGCGCCUUCGAUGACCUGACCGAGCUCACUUACCUCUAUCUAGAUGGGAACCAGAUCAGCGAGUUGGCUAAGGGCAUCUUCUCACCCAUGAUCAACCUUUUUAUUCUACAGCUGAAUGACAACAACCUCCGUGAGCUGCGGGUGGGAACCUUCACAGGUGCCAAAGACUUGCGCUGGCUGCACAUGAGUGGGAACGAACUGUCAACCUUGCAGCCGGGCUGUCUGGACGAUGUGGAGAACCUCGCUAUACUUCACCUGGAUAGGAACAAGAUGACCACCUAUCCCAGCGCGGCAUUGAGCAAACUGCGUGUGGUGGAGGAACUCACGCUGGGGAGGAACCCCAUGAAGACCAUCCCAGACAACGCCUUCCAGAGCUUUGGGCGCUACAUGGAGAAACUACACCUGGACAACAUGGGUCUGGAGAGGUUCUCUGAUGGUGCAUUUACUGGUGUGACAGCAAUCAAGUCACUACACCUGGACAACAACAAGCUAAAGUCCCUUCCCAGAAGCCUUGAGUUUGGUACCAUCACCAACGUCACCCUCUCCAACAACCCAUGGAGCUGCACAUGCCAGCUGGUUCCACUACGCAAGUGGAUGGACGCGAGUCGCAAUCGUCCAGAUGCAGUGUGUGCUUCUCCACCUCCGCAGAAAGGCAAGCAAGUCAGAGACAGCACCGCCUUCAGUAGCUGCAGAGUCAAGCAGAAGAGAGCCAAAAAGGGCACACGCCAUUGAACACACAGCUGAACAGGAGACGCUGAGGAGGAGUCUGUCCAGGUGACCGGCUACAUGUGCAAAGAAAGCAAUGCUCACUCAUUCUACUUCGAGACUGUCCAUCUAUUCAUCUGCCAGAUGUUGUCAAACACUUUCAUACUGUACAUACACAUGCUCACUCUUUGUCUGUCUCUCUCACACGCAAACACAUGAAGAGCUUUAUGGACCUCAGACAUGUUUUCAUUUCAUUUUCCUUCAUUCAUAUCAAAGAUGAAGAAUUAAGUAUGAAGUGGAAAUGUACCACAUUCAGGUAAACAUCAAAAUAAAGGAUGCAUUUCAAUAAACAACAGCCACAGAGAUUACAGAGGAAAAAUGUGUUGCCUUUUCCUCCCGAGAACAGUGAAUACAAAAAAAGUCGAUGUUCUUUAGUGAAGAUUGUAUUCUCCUUAUAAGUUUCAGUGUCUCAAUUAGCCUGAAAAUAAUGUAAACAUAAACCAGAUAAACUUAAAAGGUGCAGUAAUUUCUUAUAUUUUUUUGUUGAAAUGUUCUCCAAAGCAUAUUGUCAAAGGCUUCUGUGACUCAGGCUCACUGAACAGUCUGGCAGCAGUACAGAAUAUUCCCCUUCUCAAUUUUUAAAGUGGAAACAGACGACUUUUCAACUUUCCCCCACUGGCGUUUCCAAGUGGCAUUAUUGUUUGUGCUGCUGUUGCAAAGACAACCAGAUCAUUUUCCUCAGAGCACAGCUCUGUGAAGAAAUGAUCAAUGCCAAUAAAAGAGAUGAAAGAAGCAUGUUCACUGAAGAACUGAACAAUUGUACAAUUGCACAAUUUUAUAUUGAAUUUGGAAACAGGCAAAAGCUAUUGUAAUGAUGUGCAUCGCAUAGUAAUAACAUAGUUUGAGUAGCGUUAUUGCUUCACACAAACAAGUUACUACAGCAGGGGUUGGUGUCAGGGUGGAGCAGGGAGUAACAUUAGAAGAAAACAUUAGGAGAAAAAGUGUGAGUUUGUUUGUUCAUGUCAUCUAUAAUGGAGACAUGAAAGCAGAAUUCUUUAGUAUGUGUUGAGAAAAGCGAACUGGGUUGGUAGCAUGUUUAUGUUUUGACAAAAUGAAAUAAACUGCACAAUAGAGAUGGUGAUAACAUAUUUUCUGUCUGUUGAUUUUCAUAUGAACAAGUAGAUCAGCCUGACUGGAUACUGAUCCAGUGUUCUGUGGUUGUAGGGCUGCUAGCUUAGCUAACUGAUUUCUAGAGGGCUUCCUUCCUGUUAGCUACCAUAGCUAACUGGAAGAAGGCCCUCUAGAAAUCAAAAGACAAGUUUAUUCAGGUAGUAUACUUAGUAUACAUAACGUAUGCAGAUAAGAAGUGUGUCAUCAGAUUUGCCUGUGCAAUAUUCCACAUUUAUCAUAUAGCAAUAAGACAAUAGAAAGAGGUUGGCCAUCAAACAAAUUAUUGAGAUAUAGCUAUCAAUAGCUACAGGGGAAAACAAAAGUGCUAUCCUCUUCCUCUUUUGGUUGCGCAAUGGUUGACACACUUCCUUUGUGCCGUAAAUUGAGCCUUCAUUUUCCCGGGUGCUCGUACCCGGUGGCAGACAGAAUUGCAUAGUGACAGCAAGGCUUCUAGGAAACCAAUCUAAACGCCAAUGGUGUCAUUAUUCUAUAGCCAUUACACUGUGCAAUCAACAUUUACUUCAUAAAUUAUAAGUUAAAGCAAAAAAGUUGUCUAUUUCCACUUUAAAGCGAACCUCAACCUUCUAACCAAUCAGAGACUGCCAAAGCCAAGCCAGGGGUGGGAGUUCACAGCUGUCAAUCAAUACGUGAACACACUUCUAGCCUAAAACUACUCUUGUAUCAAGUUUCCAGAACUUGUAUAUUGUAACUUUAAAGCUACAUUAUUUUAAAUAUUAUUAUCUUUUUGGCCACAAGGGGGCAGUGGAAAAAGCACAACAUUGACAUAUCAUCACCUUAUCAAAUAGUCGCCUAUUUCGUCAUCCAGAAGACACAGAGCAACAUUAGCAUUCAUUUGAAGUCUCAUUUUCGGCCACCUGAUGAAUGUUAAGUCCA